UGAGGAUUCACCACGCGCUGGGGAAGUCUCGAGACCACGAAGUUGUGUUUUGACGCGUUGGGGGAGAGGACGGCAGCAGAAAAGUGAGUCGUCUAUUGACUAAAUACCUGAAAUACGACCGAUUUAGGAGGAGCGAUGAAGUCGAGGUGGCAGAGAAAAGCAGUAUUAGCACUGCUAGUUCUUGGCCUGCUGUUACCUUUUGGUAUUAAAGCAGAUGACGACGACGAUGAAGAAGCUCUUGUCACAGAAGAGCAAACAGAAGGAGAGGAAGAGGAUGUAGAGGAGGUUGUGUAUGCAACACCCAAGGCACUACCAAAUGCAUAUCUGACAGAAACAUUUGAUGACCUAACUGCCUUUGAGAAGACAUGGAUCAAAUCUGAAGCCAAGAAGGAUGGUGUUGAUGAAAACAUUGCUAAAUAUGAUGGUGUUUGGGCAGUAGAACCUGCUGAGCGAUUGGCCCUCACUGGCGAUCGUGGGUUGGUUUUGAAGUCAAAGGCAAAACAUGCAGCAAUUGCAGCACCACUAAAGAAACCAUUUGUAUUCAGUAACAAGCCUUUUGUGGUUCAGUAUGAAGUUAAUUUACAGAAUGGUCAAGAAUGUGGUGGAGCAUAUCUCAAACUAAUCAGUGCCCAAAAAGGACGUGUGGAUCUGAAAAAUUUCCAUGACAAAACGCCUUACACUAUUAUGUUUGGACCAGACAAAUGUGGAAAUGACUUCAAGUUGCAUUUCAUCUUCAGGCAUGUUAAUCCUCUUACUGAAGAAAUUGAAGAAAAACACGCUAAGAGACCACGUGACAAGAUUGAGGAACCAUUUAAGGACAAGAAGUCUCAUUUGUACACAUUAGUAAUUCGACCAGACAACACAUUUGAAAUAAGCCUGGAUCAUGAGGUAAUCAAUUCAGGAAGUCUUCUGGAGGACUUCACCCCAUCUGUCAACCCACCCAAAGAAAUUGAUGAUCCUGAAGACUUUAUGCCAGAAGACUGGGAUGAAAGAGAAAAGAUUCCAGAUCCUGAAGCCACAAAGCCUAAUGACUGGGAUGAGGAUGCUCCCAUGCAGAUCCCUGAUCCAGUGGCUGAGAAACCCAGUGGAUGGCUGGAUGAAGAACCAGAAAUGGUGCCAGAUCCCACUGCUGAGAAACCCGAUGACUGGGAUGAUGAAAUGGAUGGUGAGUGGGAAGCUCCACUGAUCACCAACCCCAAAUGUGUUGAUGCACCAGGCUGUGGAGAGUGGAAGCCUCCCAUGGUGGAUAAUCCUGAGUUCAAGGGCAAAUGGCGUCCACCAAUGAUUGACAAUCCUAAUUACCGUGGAAAAUGGAAGCCGCGAAAGAUCCCCAACCCUGACUUCUUUGAAGACCUGGAACCUUUCAAGAUGACUGCUAUUGAUGCUGUUGGUCUGGAAUUGUGGUCUAUGUCAGACAAUAUCCUCUUUGACAACAUACUUGUCACAGACAAUGUUGCUGAGGCUUAUCAGUUUGCCCAAGAAACUUUCGACUUGAAGGUCAUGAAGAUAGAGAAGGGACAGACUGGCGUUAUUCGUCGAAUCAUCAACUACUCAAAUAAGAAUCCAUGGCUAUACGGUAUCUACGUGCUCCUAGUGGCCAUCCCUGUAGUGUUGAUUUUUGCCUGUUGUUGUGCAGAAGCAAAGGACACCAAGGAAGACAAGGCUGCAGAGAGGAAAAAGACCGACGCACCUUCUCCUGAUGAUCCACAGUCAGAGCAAAACAAAGAAGAUUCUAGUCAAACUGCAGCAGAUGAUGAUGCUCCUGGAAGUGGGGAUGAAGUUGAAGGGGAUGAAGACAAAGGUGAUGAAGAGGGAGAGGAGGAUGAAGAUGAGGAAGAGGAGGAGGAAGCAGAGAAAGCUGAAACCGCUGAGGAGGUCCAGACUCGCACAUCACCAAGGCUGCGCAAGUCCCGGAGAGAUUAAAUGGCUGUGGAUGAUGUACACUACAACAUAGGAGCAAGGAGAGGUGCAACAUGUACCUAUUGGAAGGAAGAUAUUUUUUGAUUGGAUUUUUAUAUGAGGCCUUAACAAUAUCUAUUAGUACAGUAUAAGCAUUUUAUGCAAGAUAUCUCAGUCAUAUAAUGUAGUGACAAAUGUGGGUAAUAUGUUCAGUUUUUGUUUCAUAAAUAGAAUAUUUUUGUCUUGUUCUAAUACAGAAGAGUUAUGGAUCCUGUAUUUUGCUCUGAUUACAGUAAGCUUGUUAUAUUUUACAUUGUAGUACCUAGUCAUGUUAGGCUCAGACUAUUUGAGAAAGAAAAUGUGUUGUACAAUGUCAGUAGGUAUUUCUGUAAGCUCUUUCAAUUUUUAGGAAAUGCUGUGAUAGUCUGAAGCUUCUUACUUCAUCUCAGAUACAUUCCUUUGGUCCUUGAUCUGUGCCAGGUUAUUGUAUAGAAACAUGAACAGAGCAGGAAGAAAUGUUCUUUUCUUUUUGUUGGAUUGAAAGUUUAUCACAGAUGUAUGAUAACAUUUUGUAGUUCAUUGUCAAGAUUUUUUUUUUUUUUUCAGUUGACAUGUGAGUUUUGGCCACACUUCCAUUGUCCAAGUUACAGUCUUAUUGGAAAGAACUCCUACAGAAUUUGAAGGGACAUUUGUCAAAACAAAAUGUUAAAUUGUGUUUCACAGCUAUUUAGAAGCUUAUUCCAAUGUAUGAUUUCAUGUAACCAUGUAUGUUUUCAUGGUAGUAUGGAUACAUAUAUUUAUGUAUGUUGUAUAGAUUUCUUUUUGUGAUUAUUUGUCUCAGCAUUGUAUAUUUGCACUUAGUCUUACCUAUAUUUUCAUCAAAUUGAUAAAAGUAUAUAACCAAAAAUUACGUAAGUUAUCUCCCUUAUAUGGAAAGGUUGAAGGGAAAGCUUUCUUGAUGUAGGGAUUUUGAUUGCCUAAGAUUAAUUUUUACUCAUAUAUAUAAACUGUUGAUAGGACAAAAACUUGAAAGAUAUUUAUAAAACAAUAUUGAGGACUUAGCUGUAGUGCAACAAUGGAAUAUUUUGCUCUCUGCAAAUAUUUUAUUUUCUCACAGGUAAUGAAUGAUAUCUAGGCCACCUCUGUGCAGUUGUUAAGAAUUGGACAGUAAGUAAGUACCUAAAACAUUAUCCUCAGAAAAGAAAAGACCUUAAGACCUAAUGUUGUCAACAUUAACUGAGUUGUAUUGUAGUUGUAAAGAAUAUACUAGCAUGUUCAUAUGUAUGAAUGAUAGUAAGUUACUUUCAAUGGCAGGUUUUCCUAUGUUACUGAAGUCAUUUUCAUUUAUUUAUAUUUAAAGUAUGCUUCUUGUGAUUUCAUUUGCUUGAGCAUCUCCUGAUUAAGGAAAAAUUGUUAGGUAAAACAGGUAUAGAAACAGGUAUUUCAUUAUAAUUUUUUUUUCAUUUUUUAUUUUUUUGUUGCAUUGUUAAACAUUUUAUUCCUGCCUGUAUGUUGUACAGAUGCUUUUACAAUAAACAUUUACAAGGAUUUA